UUGAAUACACAUCCAUGUAUCUGUGCGCCGAUGUUUGAGCAGAAAGCAAGCAAUUAUGGACUUGCAAGGGUGGGCUGCUACAAAUGAAGGGUGGAUUGCUACAAAUGAGAGCGCCAAAAAGAUGCUCUCUAGGGUUCUAAAAGAGCAUCCAUUUUUGUUUCUUCCUCCGCUUCACAGGGUUCCACUCCGCACUGGCAACGUGAUCGAGCUCGUUGGUCCAUCACCUUCUGCUAAAACCCAAAUAUUGUACCAGGUUGCAAUCAAUGGAAUUCUUCCUAAGCAGUGGAAUGGUAUUCAUUACGGAGGAUUGGGGCAAUUGGUGUUCUUUCUCGACUUGGAUUGUCGUUUUGACAUUUUACGGUUCUCCCACAUGUUGAAACAUCGAAUCAUGGAAGCUAACGGAUCAAGCAAUAGAGCAUCUCAGGGGAAUCGAGAAGUUGAUAAAUGGAGUAGUUUUGAAGUGCAAAAGAAACCAAAUAUUGCUUAUGACAAGGAACUGUUUGCAUUUUGCUUGAGACGGUUCUUAUAUGUUCGCUGUUAUGACACUCAUGAGUUCCUUUCCUCUUUCAAGACAUUGCAUUGUCUUCUUCAAAAGGAACGAAAUACACAUGAUAGUGAAGUUUGUUUGCUUAUGAUUGACAGUAUUGGUUCAUUUCAUUGGAUGGAUCGGGCUUCAUCAUCAUUGCCAUUGGGGGCAAAUAAUAGGAGAAACCUUUCUCUUCAGAAUGUCUUUGAAAGUGUUGUCCACGAGAUCAGAAAGCUCCUACAACUUCAUCCUUUGCUUGUUAUUACUACAAAAGCCACCAUCCUUGGGGAUAGACAUUCAAUGCAUGAUGUCAAAUUGAAAUUUGCUUCGUUAAAUGUGGCAAACUCAAGAAAUGCAACAAAUAACAGUCAGCAACCCUGGUUUCGCGAAUAUAUGCCUUUUGUUUGGCAGUCUCUUGUUACACACAGGAUUUACAUACAAGCUACAGAUGAUCAAUUUACUGUCAGUGAGCAUCAAGAUCUUUCUGUUUAUUUAUCAGAAUGGUUACUGCCACCACUAGAUUCCUUGGACAAAUUUGUGGUGAAGGAUGUAAGAAAUGAUUAUCGGUUUAGAACAUGUUUCAGGUAGAGGGCCAUACAUGUGGAUAAUUCUGUAAUUGGUCACAUGCAGGAAGGCAUCUUCAUUGUUUCCUGAAGUCUGUUUUAGGACAAAUGGAAUAAGAUCCACCUGCCUCAGCCCUCUUAUUUCGUGAUCUCUCUUAUGGUGCUAUGCCCAAAUUAAUGUAUGAGAUGAUUUCUUCAAUGCUUAUAUUUCUGCAUAUAGAUGGCCACACAGAAGGAGCUGAAGGUGGAUGAUAUGGUUUUGGAUCUUCUAUUGGUUAGUCUUUAAGUAUGCCUAAGGAAGAAUCCUAGUAGGCUGCAAGGAAGCAAGAAGUUGUUGAUAAAAAGGUUUUAGCAAAGGAAGACAAAUCACAUAAUGAAUAGACCUCGGUACACUUGAUGUUUGGAUUUGAGUCAAUUGGAGAAAGUCCUAAAGGAUCGAUCUAGGUCUAGGAAAAUGAAAGUAUUGCUUGUAUUUGGUUUAGUCCUCAU